UAACCUCUGGUUUUCACAGUAUGAGAAGGAUAAAAGUUUAAUCCCUCUUGUACCGCACUUCACUUGUAUAACUAAAGCACAAUUCUCACUAUUAUCAACUGGGACCUCUCCAAGAACCACCAAAAACAUUCUUCAUCAUAUUAAAUUAUUAUUGACAGUGCAGUUGAUUAUUAUAAAGCCAUCCUCUCCCACUACUCUCAAUCAUUUCAAAGUCUAAUCUCAUUUCAUCUCCACAAUCUCACAAAUUCCUCCUUUUAUUCUUCAUUUUCCCAUAUAUACCUUCUCCCUGUCACAUAGCUUCCCCAUAACACAAAUAAACUUAGUUUCAACCAUGUCCAUCACACUUUCAGACUCGGACAAGAUUUACAAGAAAUCAUUCCAUCACAGGAAUGAUUCCGGUGAGCUUGACGUUUUUCAGGCUGCCCGCUAUUUCUCUGGCUACAAUGAAGGUUCUGGUUAUCAUUGUGCAGCAUUUUCUCAGAAGGUCUUGAGAGAAGAAAGACAAGCAUGGAGAGGAGGAAGAAUCAGCUUGGACAUCCCUAUGAUAAGAGAAUCGCUUCCUCAAAUUCCUGUUUGUUAUCAAAAACAGUCCCACCAUCAACAUGGUAUUGAAAAGCAAAUUAAAGAGAAGAAAUACAAGCAACCAAGCUCUCCAGGAGGUAGACUUGCUAGUUUCUUGAACUCGCUCUUCAAUCAAUCAAGCUCCAAGAAAAAGAAAUCAAAAUCCUCUACACAGUCCAUGAGAGACGAAGAAGAGAGCCCCGGUGGGAGAAGAAAAAGCAGUAGCAUUAGUCAUUUUCGAAGCUCCAGUUCUUCAAGUUCAGGUUUUAGAACACCUCCUCCUUAUGCACACACACCUACGAAGAGCUACAAGGAUCUAAGAAGCUACUUAGAUCACAAGCAUGUAGUAUCUUUGUCGACAAAGCAUAAUGGACAAGCACCAAAAUCUACAGCUCCACAAAAUGAGAAAUUCAAUUUCAAUGAUAUUGCAUACUCGGACAAGUACAAGAAUUCUAAUAACCAUACCGAGAAAGAUAGGAUUUGGGUUGAAGAAAAAGAAUAUAAAAAGUUUAACGAGAUUGAUGAUGGUGCAGAUAGUGAUUCAAGCUCGGAUCUCUUUGAGUUGCAAAAUUACGACUUGGGUAUAUACUCAAAUGAUCUGCCUGUGUAUGAAACAACGCAUAUGGAUAGCAUCAGAAGAGGAGCGCCAAUUUCCAAUGGAUCUCUAUGAACUGUGUACUUCAAAUACUUUCCCCUUUGUUAAUGCUUUCUUUGUUCUUAUUAUUACUAUUAGUUGUGAGAAGAAGGUACCGUCCUAGAUUUUGCUUCCUCAUGUGAUCAAUGUACGCCAUAAAUUUUUUUCUCAA